AUGGACCAGAACGGAUCUUCUCAGCGCCCAGCGGUGAUCUACAAGGCUCAAGUGACGACGGGCCAAGGUCUUUUAACGGGGACUUUAGAUUUGAUCUCCGUCACCUUGGUGGGCCCCAACGGAGAAAGCCCCAAGAGGUUUCUGGACCAGAUUGGGAUGACCUGCUCUCAAGGAUCGAUCAUGGUGGCUUUUCCGAAAAGGCAUCUGGAAUUUUCUCGGUUCUGCCUUGAAGACCUUUCGCUUCUCAUCCAAGGAGCUUCGUCGGUUCUGACUUUUCGGCUCAGCCGUUUCCGUGAUCCUGGGGCCUUUCGAUCAGAACUGGAGAAGCUCCUUGGGUAUCGCAACGUGACAAUUGUGUCUCAGGUAGAAGAGAAUAAAUCUCACAAGCCUUCGGACGACACCCACGGCCUUCAGCGGAGGCAUCGCCAGGAGGAGCUGCAGCUGCAACAGCGCACAUAUGGGUGGAAGGAAUACCUGCCCAAUAUACCUUGGUGUGCCAACAUCGACACAACGGCCACAAUGGAACACAACAUUACGUACUCCUUCCCUAAGCUCAGCCAGCAUCCUGGUCCUCAGAGUCCCAUCUUCCUGCCCACCGACGAGGAGUGGCUGUGGACCUUAGCCAAGACCUGGGUGCGAAACGCCGAGUUCCACACCCACGAGGACAUCGCCCACCUGCUGCGCGGCCACCUGAUGUCCGAGAUCUUCUCGGUGGCCACCCUGAGGACCCUCCCCAUGUGCCACCCCCUGUACAAGCUUCUGAUCCCCCACUUGCGUUAUUCCAUCCACAUCAACGUGUUGGCGAGGACCUACCUCAUCAGCCAAGGUGGCACCUUUGAUAAGGCCAUUGGCACCGGGCGCCAGGGACUAGCGGUGCUGCUCGAAAAAGCCCUGGCAGAACUGACCUACACCCAGCUUUGCCUUCCGGAUGACAUCGAAGCCCGGGGGGUGGGCUGCCUCCUCCAGUACUACUACAGGGACGAUGGCCUGAAGAUCUGGGACGCCAUCCAGAGCUUCGUCUCGGGCAUCGUGGGACUCUACUACAAGAGCGACUCAGAGGUGCAGGGAGACGACGAGCUGCAGUCUUGGGUGGCCGAGAUCUUCGCCAAAGGCUUCCUGAGCAGAGAGACCUCAGGCGUCCCUUCCGCCCUCCACACCGUCCCGGACCUCAUCAAGUACCUGACCAUGACCGUCUUCACCUGCUCAGCUCACCACGCGGCCGUCAACGGAGGGCAGUUUGAGAUGGGGGCCUUCAUGCCCAACCUGCCUUCGUCCAUGCGGAAGCCCCCUCCCCAGGCGAAGACCCCCGUCACCCUGCAGGAAUUCCUGGACACCAUCCCGGAGAUGAACGUGACCAGCCAGGUGCUCUCCGUCCUCUGGGUGCUGCGGAACGAGACCCUGGACAUGAAACCGCUGGGCUACUACGAGGAGGAGCACUUUGUGGAGGAAGGCCCGAAGCGGCUCAUCGGCGCUUUUCAGGAGCAUCUCAAGCACAUCACCUUGGCCAUCGAGAGCCGGAAUAAGACCCUCCCGCUGCCUUACACUUACCUCUAUCCCCCCGAGAUAGAAAACAGCACCACCAUCUAG